AUGAGGAUUUCGAAGUCAGAAGCUGUCAGCGAAACUGCUCGUAUCGGGGAUGGCGCAGCGAAUGCGUUGGCUGAGCAUGGUGAUGGGAUUCAUCGCGAGGAUGAGGGUGCGCCGGCUUCUGUUCCUGGAACGCAGUCCAUAUACAUCAAGACGUUUGGCUGCUCCCAUAACCAGAGUGACAGUGAGUACAUGGCAGGACAACUGGCGGCGUUUGGGUACCAACUGGUAGAGGUGCCAUCUGAGGCAGACCUGUGGAUCAUCAACACGUGUACGGUGAAGAACCCAUCACAGUCUGCCAUGGACACGCUCAUCCGCAAGGGCAGGGAGCUGAGCAAAAGACUUGUGCUUGCAGGCUGCGUGCCCCAGGGCGACAGUGGGGUGGCGGAGGGCGAGGGCGUGAGUGUGGUGGGGGUGCAGCAGAUCGACCGAGUGGUGGAGGUGGUGGAGGAGACGCUCAAGGGCAACACCAUCCGCCUGCUCUCGCGCAACCGGGCUCUACCCGCACUCGACCUGCCCAAGGUGCGGCGCAACAAGUGGGUGGAGAUUGUGCCCAUCAGCGUGGGCUGCCUGGGUGCGUGCACCUACUGCAAGACGAAACACGCCAGAGGCCAUCUCGGCUCCUACCCUCUGCCUGUGCUGGUGGACAGGGUGCGGGCGGCAGUAGCGGAGGGAGUGCGUGAAAUCUGGCUGAGCAGCGAGGACACCGGUGCCUACGGCCGUGACAUAGGCAGCGACCUGCCCUCCCUCCUCUCCGCCCUCGUUGCCUCCCUCCCCCCUGAUGGCCGCUGCAUGCUGCGAGUCGGCAUGACCAACCCGCCCUACAUUCUCGAACAUCUGCCCGAAAUCGCAAAAAUCCUCAACCACGCCUGCGUGUACAAGUUUCUGCACCUGCCCGUGCAGUCGGGCAGCAAGAGUGUGCUGGAGGGCAUGAGGAGGGAGUAUACGGUGGAGGAGUUUUGCCGAGUGGUGGACACACUUAUGUCCCUUGUGCCUGGCUUGGAGAUUGCAACGGACAUUAUCUGUGGCUUCCCAGGCGAGACAGCAGCUGACUUUGAGCAGACAAUGGAUUUGAUUCGCAAGUACAAGUUCGCUCAAGUGCACAUCUCCCAGUUCUACCCGCGCCCAGGCACACCAGCAGCGCGCAUGCCCAAGGUGCCAUCAGCAGAGGUGAAGCAGCGCAGCAGAGCACUCACCGCCCUCAUAGAGUCCUUCACUCCCUACACGAACCUUCUUGGAACCACCCAAAGGGUCUGGAUCACCGAUGUUGCCGCAGACAAGACUAAGCUUGUCGGCCACACGGAUAGCUACGUCCAGGUGCUAGUACCCCCUGAUGACGUGGCAUUGGAUAAGCUGCCUGGUGGCAAGCUACCAGAUGAUACGUCAGCAAUCAAUGUGUCGUCUUGUGACGUUGUGGAUCAAGAUGUGAAAGCCCUGGGGCAAAUGUCGGCAGCCAAUGGGCGGGCAGCAAAAGCGAAUGAGCCGACCAAUGGUGGCAAGAGUGCGCUUUUAGGGUCGGACUUGUUUGUCCGCAUCACCACAGUCGGGCGGUGGUCUGUGAUCGGUGUGCCGGUGUCUGCGCCACAGAAAUACCUGCCUAUUGCCGUAGGGAGCUCAGACAUCCCUAACAAGGCCCAGCAGGGUAAGGAGCAGCAGCAGGUUGGGACUGAGUUGUCACCAUUGUCACCAUUGCUGCAGAAGCAGCAGCAGGAGUGUCAGGAACCAGGAAUGGGUAAAGCGUCAGAUGAGUGCUGUGGUGGAGGGAGUCAGGGAGCUUGUGCUUGCUCUGGUGAUAAUCCUGCUGCUGUUUCUGCAGAAGAGGACAAGUGCUGCAACAUGGGAAGCUCGUCCUGCAGUGGUGUUUUGGCAGCAGCUGGGGUAGGAGAAGUGCACUCCACAGCAGCAGUUGGGAGAGGUGCAGGAAUGGGUGUGGAGUUGGUUGACAGAUUGUUGCUUGCUGGUAUUGCGGUAGGAGCAUUAGGCAUUGGGGUCUCUUUGGUUUGGACUGUAUACAUUCGCUACAGUAACAAUAGGUGA